AUGUAAUGUAUAUGUGACCAAUAAAGACUCAUUAUCAUUAUCAUUAGAAUUCUUUGCUUAAAUUGCCAGCAUGGAUACACCAUGUAAGAAGUGCGUGUCUCUGAAAGUUGUCGAAAAUGACGUCAUUCCGACAUGCGAAUUAUCACAAAAAAUGUCAGAAAAUGUGCUGUAUUAGGGUAGAGUUGUAAAGCUUUUAAAAAUGUGUGCCCGGCUCAAAUCAGGUAGAAGGCGUGAAUUGUGUAACCGAGUGAGUAUGAAUUAAAGGAUUUUUCACCCCAUAGACAUGUGGCACACUCCGCCCUUGUGGUCCUCCUCCGAGUCCACACUUUGGUGACGUCAGCUAAUGCAGACCUAUGGGGCGCUAUUAAUUAAUAGACAGCUUUUGGGAUGGACUCAACGUUGUGACGCCAGAAAGAGGACGAUGUUGCGGAUUGUUGUUUUCACUGUGGCGCUAGUCAGAUGGCAUCAGCAUCGUUUUGUUUUUUUGUUUUUUUUAUCAGAUUAACCAUUCACAAUGGUCAUAGCCUGAAGUUCGAUUGCAUUUUAAUUGACCAUAAUUUCACUGUUUUUUUUUCUUCAAACUAUAUCAUGAAAUAUUAUUAAAAACUAGAGCUACAGUUAAAUUACAUUAUAAAAUCGUUGUUCAUUAUAAAAACAUAAACUUGCACUUAGAAAUCCUCUUCUCUGUCAUGUUGGCUAAAACCUGCAGUCGAAACUCCUCCCCUGCUUUCUGAUUGGACAGUUGGCGUGAACCUGCAGCACGAGACCGCAAGUCUACAUGAAGUGCGCCAUUUGGGACAGGGCCGAAAGUCGUUUGGGAUUCGGCCAUUUUAAAGUCAUGCACUGGAGCAAAAUGGCGUCCUCCAUAGGAACUGUCACACGCUUUCGCUCGCUUUUCUGCUUGACAUCAACAGUGAAACAAUACGUGUGGAACACACCGGGACGGAUUUUCAGCUCGUGUUCCUCUGGUCGUGCCCAGAACAGGAGCAGCCUUUUCGAGCACAUUAAGGAGGGCUACAGUGAUAAACCCGAGCUGGACAUGAGGAGACUCUGUGAACACACCGAACAAGUCAUUACUGAGUUGGAGAACAGGAAAGGAGAUUUAGGGGCAGGCGAUGUCCGAGCUAUUAUAUCAGCAUGGAAGCAGCUGCAGGAGGUGCAGGAAGAGAUCAACGAGUUGGAAGAACAUAAGAAAAUGAUCAGUGAUAAAGUCCGGACUCUUGUGGAGCAGCAUGACAAAAAAGUCCUGUCUGGUCUUAUGGCGUACAAGUCUUUGAGAGAAGAGGGCCGAAAGAUCAGAGUGAGGUUGAGUCAGCUGUACUCAAGACAGAGUGACUUGGAGGAGGAAUAUUAUUGUCGAGCUCUGAGGCUUCCCAACAGAACACAUCCAGAUGUGCCUAUUGGAGAUGAGAGCCAGGCGAAGGUGGUUGAAAUGGUUGGACAUAAAGCUGAGUUUGAAUUCAAAGCCAAAGGCCACCUUGAAAUUGGAGAAAAUCUGGAUAUCAUAAGACAGCGACGCCUUGCUCAUGUGUCAGGUCACAGGUCGUACUAUCUGAGGGGAGCAGGAGCCCAACUUCAGAUUGCAUUACAGAACUUUGCUCUCGACCUCCUUCAGAAAAGGGGGUUUAUCCCAAUGGUAGUUCCAGACAUGCUGAAAGGAGUCGUGUUUGAAGGUUGUGGGAUGCAGCCUUAUGCUCACCUCUCGCAGGUUUACUCUCUGGACCCAAGCCGCUUCCCCAACCUUAAUCUUGCUGGGACGGGUGAAGUCGGAGUUGCAGGUUACUUUAUGGACCAUGCUGUGAAUUUGAAAGACCUACCAGUAAGGACAGUGUGUACUAGCACAUGUUACAGAGCAGAAACUGAUACAGGCAGAGAAGCCUGGGGCCUCUACAGGGUUCAUCACUUUAACAAGGUCGAGAUGUUUGGUGUAACAGCUGAUGAAUCUGGUCAGGAGAGUUCUCAGUUGUUAGAUGAGUUUGUUCUGUUGCAGAAGGAGAUUUUCUCUUCACUCAAGCUCCAUUUCAGAGUUUUGGACAUGCCCACUCAGGAGCUGGGGGCACCAGCCUUCAGGAAGUAUGACAUUGAAGCAUGGAUGCCAGGCCGUGAAAGUUAUGGUGAGAUCUCCAGUGCAUCUAACUGCACUGACUACCAGAGCCGAAGACUGAACAUUCUCUAUGAGAGAAAUGAUGGCAGUUUUAAGUAUGCGCACACAGUGAAUGCUACAGCUUGUGCUAUUCCACGCACCAUUAUUGCACUUCUGGAAACACAUCAAACAAAAGAAGGAACUGUACAUGUUCCAGAAGUUUUGCAGCCUUACCUUGGCUUAGAGGUGAUUGAAAAGCCUUCAUACACUCCCCUGAAAUACAUCGGACCAAAUCAGCCCAACCGUACACCUCGUUCCAUUUCUAAAAGCUCCAACUAACAUUCAUUUUACAAUAAUGUUCAUUUGCACAGUUUUUUCUAUAUUAAAAAAGCCAAAAUAAAGUGAGUUUUGAUCCAGGAAGUGACUGCUUCAACACAUUUUUUAAAUACCAGAAUCUGAGUUCAACCUGAGCUGGGUUGACUGUGCAAUAGCUUUGCUGGAGCCCUGUUUAUGUUAUGAUUCAGCUAAUGUUCUGUUUGUUUGUCUCAAAUUUCUGCUUUUGAGUUUUCACCGCCUAGGCUUAUGUGAUAUUGAAAAAUGAGCAUACCAUAAUUUCCGGUUUAAGGAGUAGGCGAGAUCGUAAUAAUAGGUUAUAAUAAUAGCAAUAAUAUUGUGUACGGACAAUAAUCUCUUUAUAUCACGCAAGCCUAGUGUCGCCUUUAUUUCACAUGGACCUCAGAUCAUUACUGACACUUAAACACAGUUUCACCCAUUUUGUAAAGGGAUUGGAUUCAUACAGUUCUCUAACUAAAAGCCUGGACUUGUCAUAUGUACCUUUUAUUGGGAAAAUAUUAUGGAGAAAAAAAACACAAAAAUAAUUUUAACUUCUAUAAACUUAGUGAUGCAUAGUGAUAUUAAAACCUAUUCCAGCUGUGUACUGUUGCUAUUUCUGUCUGCUAGUGCAUGUGUCAGAUAUUGUCUAAUGUUAUAUGAAGAUAUUAUGAUGAGUGUUUGCUGUGUUCUUAUCAUAUAUAGUUACCUAAUCUAGAAUACCAUAAGUCAUUUAGUGAAUAUUCAAACUGCUAAAUAACACUGUAGCCCCCAUAGCCUUAGGAUGGCUGCUUCAUUGUUAGAAAUGCUGACUAGAAAUGGUAAAUACUUGCAACCAAAAUGUCAUGGUUCAUUUAAAGGUUUAUCACAUCUAUCAGCAUGUUGUUUAGGGGGUCUCCAGGUACAACUAAACCAUCCAUCCAUUUCACUUGAUCUGUACAAAUUAAUCUGCACAUCACUGUUUAUACAAUAUUGUUUCUAUAGUAACAACAUUCAGCACUCAACACCACCACACAGGGACCUGUAUAGCAUUUAUUUAUUUAUAUAAUGUGAACAUUACCCGAAGCUCUUGACCUGAUUCUUUUUGCAUGGCGCUGAUGCGACACGAUUGGCUGAUUAGUUAACUGCAUGAAUGUGCAGGUGUAGAGGUGUUCCUAAUAAAGUGGAUGGGAGUGCAAGUUAGUAGGUUCAGAUUUAAAUCUUUUGUUAACUGAUACUUUCUUAUUAACUUGCUUUUAUGCCAACAAAAUUUUCAGAACAAAAACAACAAUUCCAUUAUGACUGAAAUUUUAUAAUAACCCCCCACCCCCAAACUUCUCUAGUCCUUGAACCAGUCAGCUUGUUCACUAGUCAUGUCGGACACCCCUUGGGUCAUUUGGUUGCAAAUCAGCUUUUUGACCUCUCACUUGUGGCCUCAAGGCCACUCGGUUCCUUUUCCGAGUUGCACUACGCGCUGUCUGGAUCUCAUAUGAAUGUGGAACCGGUUCUUUUCCC